AUGGACGAGAAAGUCUCACAACAAGGCAACGCCAUUGACGGCAAAUCUGGCCCCAAAUCACAAGUUCACCAACAUCUUCCUACGACCACGCACUCCGUCGCAGAGCAGCGAGCCACUCUUACAACAUCAGAUAUGGACGAGCAAGUCUCGCAACAAUCCAAUGCCAUUGACGGCAAACCUGGCCCUAAACCACAAGUCAAUGUUGCAACUAUUCAGACCAUAACGCCGCCACUCUUUGACCACAAUCUCGGACCAGAUCAAGUUGAAUUCGAGCGUGCCACUCCCCCGGCCGUUCAGCAGGCCGACACUGAGCCAGUCGUACAAAUUCGGCCUCCUCCAUCGCCUGCCCCCACAUCAUCGCCUGUCCUCUCAUCAUCGACCGAGGCACAGGCCUCGUCACGAACCCCUUCUCCGUUGCCAUCCUCCUCAGGGUCUGACGCCGAUGUUCUGGAAGCCAGAGCUGCUGGAGAGUUCUUUAUUCCAACCUCCGCCGAUGUUCUGGAAGCCAGAGAUGCUGGAGAGUUCUUUAUUCCAACCUCCGCCGAUGUUGUGGAAGCCAGAGAUGCUGGAGAGUCGUCCAUUCCAGCUCCCGCCGAUAUUGGUACGGUCGGGCCAGCAUCCAUUCCGCCCCCAAACCCUCCGAUCCCUAUCUCAAAACUGGUCCUUAGUGACUGCAUACCCAUUAGUUGGAGAGAUAUCGAGACGUUGUGGAAGGUGCUCUCCGAAAGAGAUGUCAGCGCAGAGACAGUAUUCCCUGAUGGCGAACUACUUGUACUGCCGAAAAGCCGUUUCUGGGACGAGGACUAUCGAGUAGUUCGACCCGCCAACUUCAUGCGCCGACUGAAGCAUCUUCUGGGAUAUCACAUUCCAGGGGCAACACCGGAAUACGGCUUUGAGACCGUCGAUACUUUUCAAUGCAAUAGUCGGGGUCCCUGGUACAUAGUAAGGCAAAUGGCCAUUUACGGGCUGCUAGAAAACUUUCCAUCUGGCACCCUGGACGUGGUGUACGCUAUUCGCGAGAUCUGCUUCAAUGGACAGCCACAUGAUCUCGAACAACCCGGUCUACUGCCAGAUCCGCAACAAGAUGGCAAGCCAACACGCCGCGGCAAGAAAUCCAGGGCUCAACCUCAGCAACAAAAUGACAAGCCAGCUCCCUCCAGCAAGAAUUCCAAGGCUCAACCUCCGCAGACUUCGCCGAAAACAAAGCCGGCCGAAAAUUCAAACCGACCGACUACCCGUCAAACUGCCAAGUCCUCCUUAAAGCUGACCGAGCCAGUCCAACCGCAAGUCAUCGAGCCAGCCCAUGCGCAAGAGGCUCAGCGAGUCCAGGUGCAAGACGCCAAACCCAUUGUGGCGCCGACAAAGAAAGCUACGGCCACGCCGCCGGCCAGAUCACAGAAGCGAAAACAAGAAGACGAAGACUUCGUCAAGCCUGCGCCCAAGAAGGCACGAAACAGCCGACAAGCCUAUGAUGAAACCAGCAAGAAAGCAUCUCCGAGUGAAAUCUUCGCCCGACGCGUCAAGAGUGCGCUAAACGCUCGUUCUCUCGAGAAGAACAACUAUGCGGUGUUUGGAGACGCGAUUCUACCCGACAAUCAGUCUUCAUUAGACCUAGCAACCCCCGUUCUCAAACAUGCCGUACAAGUUGCCAAUCAGCUCGAAGACCUGGGCGACGCCAUCGGUCUCAAUCCUCGGGAAGUUGCGGUUUGCAAAGAGCUGGCCAUCACCUGCGACACGUACCGCUGUCAGAAGGCGCGUUUUUUCCUCGGCCUGGAAAUCUUCGUCGAGUACAACCAUCAGGCACUGAAGGACGGCAGCUCGGACUUCAAGAUAUGGAAUGUCGGCAAGUCGCAAUGCCAGCUGUUCAAUAACAUUGAUGUCAACAAGUCCAGUGAUUUAUAUCAGGCAUUUGAGUCAUGGGGAUGGGUGGAGCCCAUGGGGAAGAAGGAUCCCAGCACGAAGAACUGGACUAUUUCGACAAACUACCUUGGACGUUUCCCGGAGAGUCAUCGUCGCAGGCUGAUGGAAGAGGUCGCCAAAUGGGAAGCCGAGAAUGUUCCGAACGCGGGAAAGUGUUAUGCGAAGGUUUGA